AUGCUGUCGAUCAGGAUGUCGUUGCAUUGCGGUAUGAACCCGUCGACACUUGCGACUAUGGAUCACGCUGGAAUCGUCCACGAAACUCUCCUCCUGCAGAUCGUAUCUUUGUGUUCAGAUCUGCUGAAUCCCCUUUAUGACACCCAGACCUCGGAAACGAAGCGCAACAAGUCCGACCAUCCACAGACCAUCGCUCUCUCAGCCAAGGCUGGUCUUGCAGCUGCGAAUAGAGAUGCUACCUACCCGCGAUUUUCCGUACAACUUCGACCAAAAGAGAUCUGCAAGGUAUUCUGGGAAUUAGAUCAUCGCGCGUUUUCUCCAUGGGAAUGCUCCCUCAUCAUUAAGGAUGCUAAACCCACAAGCAGCACUUACAAAGUGUGCCCUAUCCGUACACUCAAUCUGGACUUCUACUCAAUCUCGCAGGGCCGCUCCUUGCCACGGUGUCAGAUAUGGUUCAUCGGCCGAAUGGCGCCCUGCAUAAUUGUAGGUCAAGACUACGAGAUGAAGCCGGAGGAAGGAAUUGUUGUCUCGCCAAGUGUAUACAUUCCACCGGAUUUGAUGUGUGGCGAGGACGCGGCGGGCGGAAUGUGGCUGCUACAAUUCUGGGUGCCCAUCCCGAUGGGGCUGUUCAUCAAAUGCCCGUGCCGGAAGUUCCGCGUAAAAGCGCGACUCCAACUGGAGACUUGCGAAGGUCCUGAGUCAGAGGCUGAAGCUAUCUGCGAGAGUACAGUGGACGUCGUGAUGGAGCACUUGCAGCUGGCCAAGCUGAUCAGCCACGUUGAAACUUGA